AUGAAUAAAAUCACUACACAAAUUAUGGAAAAUUUAGCUGUUAAGGCUGAUAAUAAAUUUUGUUUCGACUGUGGUAAAGGAGGUGCAACUUUCGUUGUUUCAAACUUCAAUAUUUUUGUUUGUCCAACUUGUUCAGGUAUUCAUAUGGAAUUUGGUCAUAGAGUCAAGUCAGUCUCAUUAGCCAUUUUUUCAAUGGCUGAAGUCGAUGCUAUCAAAAAAUCGGGUAAUAGUGAAGCAAAGAAAAAAUGGCUUGCUAAUCGAAAACCUUCUUUGCCACUCCCCAAACCAGGCGAAGUUGAAAAUAUCAGAAUGUUCAUUAAAGCUUGUUUUGUAGAAAAACAGUGGUCAGCAGAAAAUACCCAAUAUACUCAACAACAACAAACAACACCAUCUACCUCUCCACAAUUUCAAUCCCCUUCUCCAAAACAAAGUAAAUCCCCUCUCUCUCCACCUAAAUCAAGUAUUAAAACUAGACUUAGUAUUAAUUCACACCAAACCAAUUUUUUCAAUAUCUUGGAUUCAAAUGUCCAACCACACUCUACAGCAUCAGAAACUGUCCCUACUUUCGACUUUGUUCAAACUACUUCUACCUCAACACCAUCUACUCAACCAACUUCACAAUCCCCUUCGAUUCAAUCAGAACCUAUUGUAAAGAACAAAUAUGAUAUUUUAGCACAAAUUCAACUCGAACAACAACAACAAUCAUCUUCAAUAACUACUAAUUCUGUUUUUGAUUUUAUUGACUCAAAACAAGUUUCUCCUCAACCUUCUAUUCAACCUACUAAUCCUCCUCAACAACAACCAUCUCAACAACUCCAAACAACAUUUGAUUUUAAUCAGUCUUCUUCUCAACCAGUUGUAUCUCAACCACCAAACAAACAAGAAGCAUUUGACUUUGGUCAAACAACAUUUGAUUUUACUACAAACAAUCAACCAAAGACUAAUCCAACAAGUACAUCACCAUUCACCUUUGACUCAAACCCUUCAUUCAAUGAAGUACCAACCCAAUCACAACAAUCACCAAUUAAGGUCAUCCCUCCAAAAGUCAUUCCUCAACAAAUCCCCACUAAUGAUUCUUCUAAGGGAAUAACCCAAACUCCUUUAAGCAAACCUCAAACAGCAGAAACAUUUGACUUUAACUCAACUAUUCCUAAAUCACAACCUGCCUCUGUCAUUAAGUCAAGAACAAAUGCGUUUAAUUUUGACCAACCAAAACAACCUUCUAAAACUAGUCAAACAUUUGACUUUGGAGAAAGUCAUCUAGAAGAAACAAAAGACAUUCAAGAAACAACGCCAAAAACUAAUGUUUUAACGAACGAACAGCCAAAUGAAACAAACCAACCACAAAAAGAAAAUAACAAAAAACAAGAAAAUGAAUCUAGUGAGGAAGUUAAGAAGCCAUUAAAUUACAACAACUUGUAUGACAUUCUUGGUGGAAUUAAUGAAGAACCCAAACAAGAGACUAAAACAGAAAUGGGUAAAGUUGACCAUCAAGAAGAAACAACAGAGACUAAACAAAACAAUCAAAUUAAACGACAAAGUUCUGAAUUAAUGGAAAUUGAUAAUACGUUUAAUUUUGAUAAUAAAAAGGAAGAGUAUGUUGAUAAUCCAUUUGGUGAAGUUAGUGAUGACGAACUAAAAGAAGUUGAUGUUCCUACGAUGAAGUUUGAACCAAACAAUAAGUCAACAACAAAUAACUUAUUCUCAUUUGAUUUGGAUGAACCAAAGAAAGAAAAUAAAAAUCUUUUUAAUUUUGAGGAAUCUGCUGAAGAACCAACCAAAGAAGUUGAUAAUCCUUUUGCUACAAAUGAAACUGAACCAUCUGUCGAUUGUCCAUUUGAACCAAACAAUACAGAACCAAAUAAAGUGUCAAAUCUCCCAGAAGUUGAUAAUCCUUUUCAAUGUAUUGAAGAAAAACAGAACAGUCAAAGUCCAGUUGUUGUAGACAAUCCUUUUGAUUUUACUGAUUCAUCUAAUCAACCAAAACACCAAGACCAAGUAGUAGACAAUCCUUUUGACUUCUCAGGCAAUGAAAAUGCAAAAGAAGAAAAAGAAGUUGACAACCCAUUUGGAAAUUUUGAAGAGUCUAAAAGCGAAACAUUACCAGAAAUUGAUAAUCCUUUUGAAUCUUCAUCAAACGCAAAUACUUUGUUCCAAUUCUAA